GUCUUUGCUGUUCAUUCGCACAUUCGUCAUCAAAAAUUGACAGAUGACAACUCAUUGCAGUAUGAUACAAAAAAUCGGUGAAAUUUCUGAUAAUUUUAUAACUAUACGGCUGUAGUUCGAUUGGAAUAAGUGAAUAACACGACUUGAUUACUUUUCUACUCGAGUGAGAUUAGGGGAAUUCGUUAUGGCUGGCUAUACAGAAGAGCAGUUUUGGGCAAAUCAAAAUAAUCCAAAUGCAUAUGAUGGCUUCGAAGAUCAAUCUCAGACACUCGAUUUCCAGUCCUUUGACCAGAAUGCUAGCUUUUUUCCACCCAAUGCUUACGCUGCAUCACAACACCAGCAAGGUUAUGGACAGCCUUCAAUUUUCACUCCAGAUAUUUCGUCAACGACUGUUCCUCAUGGCUAUGGUGGAGCUGCAGACAUGCCCGGCGCAAUGGGGAGUGAAACCAACGAAUUUGACGAGCCACCGCUUCUGGACGAACUGGAGAUAUACCCACAACGAAUAAUGGAGAAAUCACUAGCAGUUCUGAAUCCGUUCCACGCCCAGGGUCUAGUGGAUAAUCCGGAAUAUUUCUUCAAAGAAACUGAUUUGGCUGGACCAAUUUGCUUCUGUUUUACUCUGGCUGCUUGCUUGUUUGUCUCCGGGAACAAAGCACAGUUUGGCUAUAUUUAUGGCCUCUGUAUAAUCUCUGUAGUGGUGAUGUACGUGUUGAUAACACUGAUGUGCAAUUCGAUGGAAAAUUACGUGACAAUCACGGCAGUUGCAAGCAUCCUGGGAUACAGCAUCUUACCAAUCGUUUGGUUGUCUAUCGUUGGAGUAUUCUUCUCACUGGAUUCGGCAUUUGGAAUCGCAUUAGCUGCUUGUGCAAUUUUUUUGUCAACGAUGAGCUGUAGUCGCAUUUUCUGCAUCAUGACCGGGGAUCCCCAUCAACGGUAUUUGAUAGCCUAUCCAUGUGCGCUGGUGUAUAUAAUCUUUACUCUUUUGGUACUUUUUUGAACAUUAUUAGUUCCUUGAUUUUUUCAGAUGGGAAUAAUGUA